UAUGAACAUGUAAUUUGAGUAACAAAGAGUAGCUUCUGUUGUAAAAAGGAAUUUACAAAAGUUUAAAAUACUAGUAGGCAAUAAAGAAAAGAAAUUUAAUGAUCUCUUAACUCCAUUCACAAAACUUGAUACCUUUAUAAAUGCUAAAUCUAUACUUAAAUAAAUAGUAAAGCCAUCUAAUAAAAUAUUGGAUCCCUUAACAACUUAUGAAAUUCAAAGGUAAUAAUAACACAGGAGUACAUUUGUUAAUGGAGAUUGUAACUCAGAUAAUUUUUAUGAAGAUGUUGAUUAAUUGAUCAAUCACUUAGAAAAAGAAUAAUUAGAAAUGAUAACAGUUGGAACCAAAAAAAUAAGUAAAAGUGAAAUCCUUGAAUUCAAAUCAAAACAUCCUAAUUAUGAAUUAGUCAGUAAACAAUUUGCUGAGAAAUCUAAGAAAAUGAUUGCAAAUUUAAAUAGGUAAUCCACCAAAAUAUUUAAUAAGAAAUAUUCAUUGAUCCAUAUUUCCCCUAGAUAAUCAAUUAGUCAUCACAAUAUUGCUUUAGUUUCUGAAAGAGAUUCAUCACAAUCCAAAUAUUCUCAUUCUAAACAACUUUAAGGGUUAGAAUUAAGACCUUAAAAAUCUCAAUUUAAAAUAAAAACUGAACCAAAAUCUCAAAGAAACUAUAACUAAUAAAUUUAAUAACUAAUUAAUAAUAUAGAAGGAGUACAUAAAUAGAUGAUAGGUGAAACAGGCUAAUUAUAAAAAAAAACUAGUAGGUUUAUUUUAAACUAAUCUAAAAGUAAUUCUAAAAUUCCUUAAUUUGAUUAUCUUGCCUCAGAUACAAAUUUUGCAUUUACAAAAAUAAAAAGAAGAAAAGUUUGA